GCAAAUCGUUCGUGAGAGCUGAGAAGUGUGUGUGUCCACCGGAACUCGAUCGAUCCCCAAUGGAGUCCGUCGCGGUGGUGGCGGUGCCGUUCCCCGCGCAGGGCCACCUGAACACGCUCCUGCACCUGUCGCUGCGUCUCGCGUCGUGCGGGCUGCCCGUGCACUACGCCGCUCCGGCGGAACACGUCCGGCAGGCUCGCGCGCGCGUGCACGGGUGGGAUCCGCGCACCGUCUGCUCCAUCCGGUUCCACGACCUCGACCUCCCCGCGUACGAGCACCCGCCGCCCGACCCGACCGUCCCCACCUCCUUCCCGUCCCACCUGAUGCCCCUGCUGGACGCCUUCGUCGCCCACGCGCGUGCCCCACUCGCCGGCCUCCUCGAGAGGGUCUCCGCCUCCCACCGCCGCGUCGUGGUCCUGUACGACCGCCUGAGCUCCUUCGCCGCGGCCGAGGCGGCGCGCCUGCCCAACGGCGAGGCGUUCUGCAUGCAGUGCGUGGCCGUGUCGUACAACGUCGCGAUCAAGGACGCCGAACACCGGCUCCUGCGCGACCACGGCAUGGUCUUCCACCCCUUCGACGAGUGCAUGUCGGAGGAGUUCAUCGAGUACGUCGUGAGGACGUCGGAGGACUGCCAGGGAGCGGCUGUUGGCGGCAUGGUCCUGAACACCUGCCGCGCCCUCGAGGGCGAGUUCAUUGACGAGGAAGCCAAGAGUCCGGAGUACACCGGCCAGAGGAUCUUCGCCGUCGGGCCACUGAACCCACUGCUCGACGCGGGCGCGAGGACGCCGGGGCAGGCGCGGCACGAGUGCCUGGACUGGCUCGACAGGCAGCCGCGGGCGUCGGUGUUGUACGUGUCGUUCGGCACCACGUCCUCGCUCCUGGCCGAGCAGGCCGCGGAGAUCGCGGCCGCGCUGCGUGACAGCAAGCAGCGGUUCAUCUGGAUGCUCCGAGACGCCGACCGCGGCGUCACCGAUGUAGUACAGGAGGAGGAAGGCGCCGAGGCCGAGAGCCGGCACGCCACGAUGCUGUCCGAGUUCACCACGCAAACCGAGGGAACCGGGGUGGUGAUCACCGGGUGGGCGCCGCAGCUGGAGAUCCUGGCGCACGAUGCCACGGCGGCGUUCAUGAGCCACUGCGGCUGGAACUCCACCAUGGAGAGCCUCAGCUACGGUAAGCCGAUCCUUGCCUGGCCGAUGCACUCCGACCAGCCGUGGGACGCGGAGCUUAUCUGCAAGUACCUCAAGGCCGGCCUUCUGGUGCGGCCAUUGGAGAAGCGCAGCGCAGUGGUACCGUCCGAGGCCAUCCGGGAGGUCAUCGAGAAGGCCAUGGUCUCCGAGGAAGGACUGCAAAUGAGGAAGCGUGCAGAGAAGCUUGGCGAGUCCAUCCGCGCCUCCGUGGCCGACGGUGGCUCGUCCCACAAAGACCUCGAGGAAUUCAUUGCUCAUAUUACAAGAUGAGCCGAGGGUUGAACACAGAAAGAACUCUUUUUAGUGUACUCCGUUACUAUCUUUCAGUUGAGCUUCAGAUAUGCUUCGUGCAGGAUCAUUAUGGGGGAUUUGGGCUGAUGCAAACCGCUGAAUGAUGCUAGUUGCCUCAUUUUCCUCCUUUCUUUCGCUGGAGAAAAUAUGGUGUGUGAUUCUACCUGUACUCUCCAUUAUCAGGCCACUAUACGUUAGUCUUGCAGAUCCACACUGCUAGAGUGCCGUCCAGUUCUGAGCUGUGGUAUGAAAUGCUUAUGAAAGAAGAAUACUCAUAGGCACAGCAUUCUCAUACAACCAAUCAUCUUGUCAGGUUCUAUAGGUGUC